CAAAAAAGAAAAAAAAGAAAAAAAAAUUAUGGUCACUGACCACUACUUCUCUUCUAUGAGCUUUGCUUUCACACACUGCCAUUCAUUCUCUGGGAAUCUCUUCAGGCUGAACCCUUCUCGGAAUCCCAUUCCGGCAACCUUGUUGUCUCUCCAAAUGGACCAGUAAUCUAACCAUAAAGGAACUUCAUUGUCAGUUAUGAAGUGAGUUUAAGUUACUUUGCUUUUACCGCUCUGUUUGUUUCUCGGGAAAAAAAGCCUCGAAAAAGUUGCGCAGGCAGAGAAAAAAGGAGAAAACGAAAUCUACCCAUCUGAGCUUUUCACAUGAAGCCUUAAAUUUUAGUACUGGUCUCUCUCUCUUCCCUCUUCAUAUUUUUGCGUGUAAAUUCUGGGUUUGGCAUCCAUUGGUGUUGGUGAAGAUAAUUCCAGAACUGGGUUCUUUAUCUUCUUAUUUUAUUUGGGUUUGAAAGUUUGUAUUUUUCUAAAUUCAUCAGUGUUUUUCCAUAUCAUUGUACAUGUUUUCCAACUUUUUGAUCCUGAAAGUGAUUGCAUUGCCAAACUGUGCCUCAAUUGGCUUGAGUUUUGGGUCCCAUUUUUUUAGAAAAAAUAUUUUUCUUUUUAAGUUUCAUUCAAUACCCACUUUCUCAUCAGUCAUCCUUGGAUAAAAGAGAAAAAAAAAAUCUAAAUCUCUCUCACUUUACAGCUCAUUCACGUCCACCAAGUUUUCUAUCGAUUUAGGUCGUAGCCUACCGUUUAUUCAUUCAAAAUUCUUGUUCUCACUCGUCAAUUUUUUGUAAUGGGCCCAGAUAAUAUUAAGCACGAGAUAGUUUUGAUAUGGUCUUGGUGGCAUGCUACGCGGGCUUCUUGAAUAUAUCCCUGGAGUUUGACUGUCCCUUUUUCAGAUAUGUUUGAACCAAAUGGGUAUCUUCUUAAAUGGUCUUUCCUACUGUGUCUCUCUGUUGGGUUUUGGCUGCAGCCUGUUGCUUCAAAGAUUCCUUUGGGUUCAACACUUUCUGUGUCUGACAAUAAGUUUUGGGUUUCCCCUAAUGGAGACUUUUCAUUUGGAUUUUUUAAUGGGUCGGAGCAUCCAAACUUGUUCAGGGUUGGGAUCCGUUUCAAUUCGAAGUCGAUUCCAGUUGAUCAACGAACUGUAGUUUGGGUUGUGGGAGCUGAUAUUAUGGUUGGUAAUAGUUCUUACUUCACUCUCACCAAGGAUGGAGAAAUGAAUUUAUUUGAUUCCUUGAAGGGGGUUAAUGUAUGGAACAGCAAAACAAGUCAGCUUCCAAUUGCAUCGGCUGCUCUUUAUGACAAUGGCAAUUUUGUUCUAUUGACUGACAAGGAAGAUAUAGCUUGGCAAAGUUUUAAUUUUCCUUCUGAUACACUUCUUCCAGGACAGAACUUUUCUGUUUUGCAUACACUUCGAGCUGCGAGUCAGAAUCAUAUGUCCAGUUACUACUCUCUUUUCAUGAAUGCUUCAGGUCAGUUGCAACUAAGGUGGGAUAGUCAUUUCGCCUAUUGGACAAGUAGAAGUCCUAUUGGUUUAAAUCUUACAGCUUUCCUCACAUCUGAUGGGACCCUACAGAUCCAAGACCAGAGGCGACGAACUAUUUGGUCGGUUUUUGGAGAAGAUCAUAAUGAUACAGUUCAUUAUCGAUACCUCAGGCUUGAUGUUGAUGGUAAUCUGCGACUGUAUUCGUGGCUAGAAGCUUCACAAACAUGGAAACCUGUCUGGCAAGCUGUUGAAGAUCAGUGCAAUGUUUUUGCCACUUGUGGUUACAAUGGCAUCUGUGUCUAUACAGAAACAGGAUUCCCAACUUGUAAAUGCCCGUUCAAGCUUUCAAAUGAGUCCAUCCCAAGGUGUACAAUUCCAAGUCGACAACAAUGUAGAUCUGGGUUGAACUUGUUCAAUUACAAGCACACUUUUUUGUACGGAAUGUACCAGAAUGAUGAUUUAGUUUCCGGAGUUAGUUUACACCAAUGCGAAAGCUUGUGCCUAAAGGAUCCGCUUUGUACAGCUGCAACCUUCAUGAAUGAUGGAACUGCUCGAUGCUUAAUAAAGAGAACUCCAUACAUUAGCGGCUAUGCUGAUCCAUCUCUGAGUUCAGUAUCAUUUGCCAAGUCGUGUUCAGAUCCAAUGGCUGUUAAUCCUAAUCUUGUGGCAACCUCCUCCCAAGAGACUCCACGAAAACGUUCUAAAGUUUGUAUCACUUGUCUAGUUGGAGCCAUCUCUGGAACAUCUGUUUUAUUUGUUGUGGUACAGUUGGCACUUGUUUUCUUUGUAUACAGAAGAAGAAGAGCAAUGAAGAAAGCUGUUUUAGGAUACAGAGGCCCCAACUCAAAUGGUUUGGUUGUGUUAUCCUUCUCAGAAAUUAAGGAUCUGACAAAGAACUUUGAGCACCGGAUUGGCCCUACAAUGUUCAAAGGCUUGCUUCCUAACAAGCAACCAGUUGCAGUCAAAGACAUAAAAGCAACCACUGAAGAAAGAAAAUACCGAGUUGCUGUUUCGAAGAUAGGAAGCAUUCAUCACAAGAACCUUGUGAAGCUGAAAGGCUACUGUUGCGAGUUAAACCACAGAUUUUUGAUCUACGAAUACGCUGAGAAUGGUUCUUUGAGUAAAUAUAUUGAAGAUUCUAAACUUUGUAAGAAGUUAACUUGGGGAAAGAGAAUUGAGAUAUGCAUGAGUGUGGCAAGGGCUCUUUCUUAUUUGCACACAGGCUGCAGGGAGUUUUUAAGCCAUGGAAAUUUAAAAUGCGAAAAUGUGGUCUUGGAUGAGAAGUUAGAAGCCAAGGUGAGUGAAUUUGGGCUUCACAGAGUAGCCAGUGAAACGUCAAGCUCUGGCUUUUCAGCAGAGAUGGAUGUGGAAGAUUUCGGCAAGAUGGUAUUAACAUUGAUAAGCGGGUGUAAAGAAAAUGAAGGCGUUUCUCACUGGGCUUACAAGGAGUGGAUGGAAGGGAAUGGUUUAAAUGUAGUAGACAAAAGGAUCAGUGGUGGGGUUGAUUUAGAAAUGCUGGACCGUGUGUUUAGAAUUGCAUUUUGGUGUGUGCAAAUAGAUGAACGCAUGCGACCUUCCAUGAGGGAAGUGGUGAAGGUGUUGGAAGGAAUACUAAGUGUUGAUCCCCCGCCCCCGCCUUUCACUUCUCAGAGGCUACGAGAAGAUGAAGAGUCGUCGGAUGCAGGUUCUGAACCAGAUUCCGGCAGAUUUUGAAGUAUUCUUUUCAAUUUUUGUUAGUAAUUUUUCAUUUUGGUCUCAUUUGCAAGCUGUGAAUAGUAGGAACUAAUUAUAGGAUGACAAUUUGGCUGAUGUUUGUUGCCAAAUAUUUUUCAUUCUAAUCCAUCAAAAUGUGUAGCUAUUGUUAAGAGCAAGAUCUUGUAAUUGGAGAUGCUCCUUAAUUUAACUCUUCAGUUUAGUUUGUU